UUUUGUACCCUGUCUUGUUGUAGAAGCAGUUAGGCCUACUAUGUUGCCUUUUAUAUUGUGCGCCACUCACUCCGAGUGGUUUGGACUGGAGUCAGAUAGGAUAGUAGGCCGAGUCAAGUCAACAACAACAAAGAGUUCAAAGACUACUGAGCAAUUGCCAAAACAACUGAAGCCAAAGAAACCCCUUGAUGUUUGGUCCACAAGUGAAAAGCUAUGUCUUGCAAGUGCAGUAUUCAAGAUUGGAGAUCAAAACUGGGUGUCUGUCAGCAGAGCUAUCAAACCUUAUGCAGAUCCCAGCAGACCAUCAGAAUGGUUCCACCAGAAAAAUUGUGUCCAACAAUAUUAUGACAUGAUGGAGCAGCUAGAACAACCAAAGCGCAAAAGAGGGGAUAAAGAUAAAUCUGAGUCUGACGCACCCAGCCUUCAGAUCAUGAGGAAAAUGACUAUUGAAAGGAGUGAGCAGUUGAAGAAAGAGAUCAUGGAGAUGCAGCAAACUUUCAAACAAUUAAAAAAUGAAGUUGGUGAAAUCAUGAAUGGCCAGUGGGAUGAUCGAUUGGCAGAGGAAUGGGAGAAAAUUGAAGAAGAAGAACUCCUAAGGGAAGACAAAGAUAAAGUCAAGGUGAAGGAAGAAGAAACAGAUGAUGAUUCAAAAGCCUUAGAUUUGGAUCUCCCUGAUGUCUUGUCAGUGACAGGAGAGAUUGAUGAUACAACCCAAGAGUCAGUUGAUGAUAUAUCUCUGACGGAUGAUGACAGCCAGCAGGCUGCCCUGAGUCGUUUCCUCACAUCCACGCCGGUUGUCACGUCAUCAUCUUCAGCAACAACUGAGGUCUCUACAAAGUCAUCUGGACCUUCACAUCUACUGUCUUCUCUCUUAAAAAGCAAUGUCAAAACUGCCACAGGCUUGCAGCAGUUGAAGCGGGAACAGGAACAGGAGCAAGUCCAGGAGCAGUUGCAGGCUGGUCAGAAUGCGCUGUCUCAGUCUCAAUCACAGAAGUCAUUGCUGAAGGUUCCAGUCACUCAGGAUGAUCAGCUGACCACACCACCCUCCAGCUCUGCCCCAACCCUGUCUCGGUUGUUGUCUACCUCAAAAGGGACUGUCCAAGCGGGCAGUAAAAGCAAAGGCACAGCAGGGUUGACCUCAGAUGCUCUGGAUGACACUGCUUUUCCCGGAGCUGCCACCACAGGAACAGAUUCUGAAGUCUUGAUAGAGGAAUCUAUUGUGGAAGACAUAGGAGAAAUUGGCAGCACAGAAGAAACUGUUACCUCUGUGGAGAUAGAGGAGAAAGAUUCAGCCACGCCUCUCUCAGAUGGGAAUUCUUUGCCAAUUGUGGAAGGUGCAGAGGAGGAAGUGUCAAUGGAGACUGAAGUUUCUGUGAAGGAGGAGGACACUCAGGACAGUGACAAGAAAGACAGUGUGGAAAAACUGGAUGUUGAAGCUGUGGACAGUAUCAAGGAGGAGAUUGACAAAAAUAGCCAAGAAGAGGAAGACGGCGCACUUCCUCUGAAGAAGAUUGUAGAGAGCAUCGUUUCUGAACAGGACUUCCCUGAGAUCAAAGAUGAGCCUCUCUCCCCAACAAGUAGUAUAAGCUCAAGGGUGAGCGAGACGGGAAGCAAAAGAGGUGGUAGAGGAAAAGGAAGAUCAAAAGUCUUGAGGAGCCCACGGAUGAGUACGAGAAAGAGUUGCACAGAUGAUGGGGGCAGUUCCAGACACAGUGAUGUUGAGCUAAGCGAUGAUGAUGCAAGAGAGAGUGAUGAUGUUGUUGGGGAUAAUAUGGCAUCAGUACAUGGAAGCUCGGUUCUCUCUGAGUCAUUUCCCAACAGCCCAGCGUCUCUUUCUAUGUGUAGUGACACUGAUGAAGAGAAGUCGUUCAAACAGUGGAAAAAGUCCAUCAUGCUGGUAUGGAGAGCUGCUGCCACACACAAAUUUGCUAACGUCUUUUUACAUCCAGUUACUGAUGAUAUUGCUCCGGGGUAUCGCAGUGUUGUACUAAGGCCUAUGGACUUGAGUACAAUAAAAAAAAAUAUAGAGGGUGGUAUCAUCCGCACCACUGUGGAUUUCCAGCGAGAUAUGAUGCUUAUGUUCACAAACGCCAUCAUGUACAAUUCGUCAGACCACAAUGUGUACAAGAUGGCUCAAGUCAUGUAUGAUGAUGUAAUGCAACAUAUUGAGCAAUAUGUGAACACACAGAUGAUGAUGCAAAGCACAGACUCCAAAAACCUGCGACAGUCUCGGAGACCGGAUGCAUCUGAUAAGGAAGAUGACUCAAAGAAACGGAGAUUGUCAGUAGAUCACUCAGAAGGAGGGAAGACUAAAAAGAGGAAAAUGCGAUUAGAUGAGUCGAUGCCUUGAAGAGUUCCUUUUCUUUUUUUUUUCCCUACACUUAUUAAUACUGGUUGCAUUGUUGAAAUAAAUCUUGGUAAUUUUAUGUAA